AUGGCCCCGAUCGGAGUCGCCAUCAUCGGCAGCGGCAUCUUUGUCAAGGAGCAGCACAUUCCCGCCGUUCUUCACUGCGAGCUUCUUUCCCUCAAGGCCAUAUUCUCGCGCUCCUUCGCGUCCGCACAGGCCGCGGCCGCGCUCCUCCCCGCCACGGCCCACGCACCGGAGCUAUACGCCGAAGACGCCGCCGCUGAAGGCCGGACCCUCACGGACCUGCUCGCCCGCGACGACGUCGCCGGCGUCGUCGUCGCGCUGCCCAUCCCCGCACAGCCGGCCGUCGUCCGCGCCGCCCUGGCCGCCGGCAAGCACGUGCUGGCCGAGAAGCCACUGGCGCCCGACGUGGCGUCCGCGCGGGCCCUGAUGGGGUUUGCGGCGAGCGACGCGGUCCGCGGUGCCACGCUCUCGGUCGCGGAGAACCAGCGCUUCUUCCCGCGCUUCAUGUACGCGCUGGAGCAGCUGGCCGGGGCGGACCUGGGCCGGGUGACGCACUUUGCGGUGCGGGUCAGCGACAUGGUCGGCGAGGACGGCAAGUACUACAAGACGGCGUGGCGCAAGACGCCGGCGUUCCAGGGCGGAUUCCUGCUCGACGGCGGCGUGCACUUUGCGGCCGGCGCGCGCAUGCUUCUCUUGCGAUCGACGGACGCGACGGGGGACGCCGGCGCCGACGUGGACGCGGAGGCGGAGGCGCGGCCGGCUCGGGUCAGCGCGCGCACGGCGCUGGUCCGGCCGCACCACGCGCCGGUGGACAGCGUCGCGGCGCUGGUGACGACGCACGGGGGCGCGACGGGCACGUACCAGCACUCGGUGGGCUCGACCAUCUCCGCGUACGAGUUCGACGUGGCGUACGAGCGGGGCAGCGUGAGGAUUUGCGACGGCGAGGUCACGGUCGCGGUUGGCGGGCGGGAGCCGGUGAGGAGGACGUUUGAGAGGGCGAGCGGCGUGCCGGAGGAGGUGGCGGCAUGGGCGGCGGGGAUUCGUGACGGCAAGCCGCACCCGGCGCAGUCUGCGCGCGAGGCGCUGGCCGACUUGGAGUUUAUCGAGAAGAUGCUGCAAAGUGCGGAGCAGGACGGCAAGUGGCUCGACUACGAGUUUCAGUAG